CUCACGGCAUUGGUGCCUCCAUCUCUUUCGUCGCGCUUCUCUCUCUUCGAUUUUGUGGAAUUUGAGGCAAAGAUCGCUUGACCGAGAAAACUGCAUGCUCUGUUGUGGUGUGUUGAUUGUUGACAGCGGUAAACCCAGAAAGACUUCGUGGCAACCCGUCACAGUUACGAGUAUUGCUUCAUAUAGCUCAUCGCAUUCAUUAUCUCUGUGUAGCAGCCAGCAAGGUCGACAUAUUAUUAGUUAUCUUCAAGGUUUCCAGAAGUCUCAGAUACCCAUACUACUACUAUAGACACCAAUGACCAGAGGAGGAGUUCGAUUAGUGGCAGUGCUGCAACUGCUGUUGGCCUGUUUGGCACAUGCAGCAGACUUCUACAAGUUACUGGGGGUAUCUCGUGAUGCCACAACCAAGGAAAUUAAGAAGGCAUAUCGUCAGGCAUCCCUCAAAUACCAUCCCGAUAAAAACAAGGAAGAGGGGGCUGCCGAGAAGUUUGCCGAAGUUGCCCGUGCCUAUGAAGUCUUGUCGGAUGACGAAAAGAAGGAAAUUUAUGAUAGACAUGGAGAAGAAGGAUUGAAGCAACACGAGCAACGUGGCGGUGGCGGAGGAGGAGGCGGAUUUGAUCCCUUCGAGCAAUUUUUUGGUGGUGGAUUCGGUGGACGUCGUCGACAAGAUGAAGAACAGCGAACACCAUCUGUAGAGAUUCCUCUUCAUGUCACGCUCAAACAGUUGUACUUGGGAGAACAAAUCGAGGUCGAGUACCAUCGUCAAACUCUCUGUCUUAAUUGGGAAAUGUGCAUGAAGACAAACAAUGAAUGUUCGGGACCAGGAGUACGUGUAGUCAGACAGCAAUUAGCACCUGGCUUUGUGCAACAGGUUCAACAGCGAGAUGAACGAUGCAUUGCCAGAGGAAAAAUGUGGCAUAAAAACUGCAAAGAAUGCCCUGAAAAGACACAAACCGAAAAAAUUGAGCUUACCAUUGACGUCCAGCCCGGCUACCGAGUGGGUGAACACAUCACCUUUGAAGAAGUCACUGAUGAAAAGCCAGGACAUAAAGCUGGUGAUUUGCGAUUUGUCAUUGUGGAAGAGCCCCACUCAACCUACCAUCGGGAAAAGGAUAAUCUGUACAUGACACUCGAAAUCCCUUUGGUGGAUGCCUUGAUUGGAUUCUCUAUGACAUUGAAACAAUUGGAUGAUACUCCCUUUACCAUCACAGUGGAUGAUGUGAUUGACUGCGACCAUGUCAUGAGAGUGCCUGGAAAGGGUAUGCCAAGGAGGAAUGGCCGCGGCUUUGGGGACUUGUACAUUACCUUUGAAGUGGACUUUCCGGUAGAUCUGACUGAAAAGCAAAAGGAUGCCAUUGCCAAAAUCUUGGGGACAUCAAGUGAUGACAAGGGUGGUGAACUGUAGUUCUUCAGAACCGGUCGGUUCGAUCGUUGUUGGAAAGGGCUCCAAAAGAAGUGUUGUUUUGUGGUGUCUGGUCUCUUCCGCUUGCCGCCUCACUACCUGACAAUACAAUCUACCAUUUCCGACGAUGCUUGUUGGAUAGUCUCCAAUUUUCUAUUUAAGAGAUCGAAAUUGUCAAUAUAGAUCUUUCCUAUCC